CCGUGCGCUUAAACAGUAUAGGUGGCACCAUCAAAACCCACAAACAGUGGACCAAGUAUUGGACUGACAAAAAAAGCGCCAUUAAAAAAAAAGUUGCAGCACGCUCUGCUGCUAGGCGUAGGACUGGUGGUGGGGUGGAGGACGAAAUGAUGCUAACUGAGGUUGAAGAAAGGAUUGUUGCUUUGUGUGGUGGUGAAAGCUUUUCCACAGGAGAUGCACAUUUAGGCAUUCAGCCGUUUCCGGUAAGAAAUUCAGAAAUGCAAUUGGAAAAUGAUACGCCGUCUCCAUCACCCGAAGCACAACCUAUAUACAAUACUAAUGAUGACAACAUUAAUGUACCACAACAACAGCAGAGUCAGGCACGGCCUACUGAGGAAUCAGCAGCUAUUGUAUUUUAUGUAAGCUAUUUUGUACUAAAUAUGUCUGUAUAUGAUGUGUCUAGAUUAUAUUCUAUUAGUAUCUAUAAAUAUUGAAAUUCAUUUUAUUAUUACCAAUAUAAUUGAAAUAGUAAUUCAUCCUUGUAAUAACCCUAAUAAUA